AAGAGAAGAGUGGAAAAAAUUGGGCUUAGAAUUGGAGUAAAAUGGUUAAUAUUCUUAUAGGUUGUACAGGCAGUGUUGCCACCAUAAAGUUACCACUUUUGGUUAACAGUUUAUUAGGCUUGCAGCAUCUUCAAAUUAAGAUUCGCAUUGUGGUAACUGAACGAGCUAAACACUUUUUUGAUCAGAAAGACAUUCAUCCUGAUGCUGAAGUCUUUACUGAUUCUGAUGAGUGGGCAGGAUGGACUAAAAGGGGCGAUCCUGUUUUACACAUUGAAUUAAGUAAAUGGGCUGAUAUUUUUGUUAUUGCUCCUUUGGAUGCAAAUACUUUAGCAAAAAUUGCAAAUGGAUUAUGUGAUAAUCUUUUAACUUGUACUGCUCGAGCAUGGGAAUUAUCAAAACCAUUAAUUUUUUGUCCUGCUAUGAAUACCAAAAUGUUUCAACAUCCUCUUACAGCAACACAAAUAAGCACUUUAAUUUCUUGGGGUUAUAUAGAAGUGCCUGUUAUUGAAAAAACUCUCAUGUGUGGGGAUACUGGUGCAGGGGCAAUGGCUGAAGUUGUUACCAUUGUGGAAGUUAUCCAAAAUUUUACUCCUAUAAAUCAUUAGUUCUUUUGUAGUUUAUAAAAGGGAAAAUAAAUUGUUGUAUUGCA